AUGGACGCCAUCAAGACGUUCACCGUCGACAGGUCCGUCUUCGGGAAGCGCUUCACCGUCACCCCACCCCCCUGUGCGUUGACAAAAGGCGAGACAGAGGCCGACGCGAGCCACUCGCUCGUCCGGGCCGGCGCCUUCCCGCCCAUGCUCACGAUGCACGCCGGCCUCGACGUCGCCUCUCCCGUCAUCGCCGUCAGUCGGCUGCCGCUCUUCAGCAAGCACUUCACCAUCGGCCUCGGCGAUGCGUCGUUGGAUGCGCCCCCGGACCGUGUCUGCUGGGAGGACAUGCGAAUGGCCAACAGGUCAGGCACGAGCCACCGUUGGAGCUUGCAUCUGCCGACGUUGCCGCUAGGGUCGCCGCGGCAGUCAACGGCCGACACCUCGGCAAUGUCUCCGCAGACCUCGCCGCCACAUGGUCGUCGAGAUGGCGAGCGAAAAUCGUUUCUCUGGAAGCGGACGCGGCACGUCGCCGUCGAUGGCAUGAAUGUGGCGGCCUGGAGGCCGCAAAACUACAAGCUCGUCGAGGAGGAACCACCAGAUGUGCUCACCAAAGGCGGCGACUGCCAUUGGCCCCGCGUUCUCGCCGUCUUCACCAGCACGGGGGGCAAAGCCGGCUGCGGGAGGCUGCAGCUCAACGUCCAGUGCGGUCCGGUGUUCGAAACCAUGGUCAUCAUGACGUGUCUGACCUUGCUCUGGGCCGGCCGCUGA